AUGAAGGUAUUUACUGUGAGAAGUGUAGAUUAGGCUAUAUGCAACUGCCUAAUCAUACAGAUCUCACAAACACUUUAAGCAUGAUGGAAAAACACCACCAUCUAAGAAUAAAUUUCACAAAAUUUUACAUUUAAUGGGAAUGAAGCUUAUUGCUAAAUUGAAAUCCCCAUUCCACAAGAUGAGAAUUUGA